GUGUCUGUACUCACUGUGUCACUUGAAAUCAAAAUGGCGACUCCGAGUCCUGAUUCUUUGAGAACAGAUCCUGUUAUUGUUGAGAGCUCCCAGCCUCUAGAAGAGCGGCCUUCUUCUAAAUUUACACAGGAUCCCGAUAGGGUUGAGUCUACGGAUGAGCAACCAAAUGAAGAAAAUGGAUAUGGUGUUUAUACAGAACCCGAGAAGAGUGGUGCUCAUAAUGAAUCCCAUAGUACUGUCAUUCAGUUACAAAAGAUGAAGUCUGUCCCAAACAUGGUCCCUGGCAUGGAGUAUUUGACAAAGCAUUAUUCAGAAAAAUCCGACAUUAGUUGUACGAUGAAUAGAUUGAUCGACGAUGAGAAACCCACAUCUCCUACUGAAGUGGAAUCUUCCUCAAAAUCUUCCGACUCUCUUGAUGACGAAUCGCAAACUAGCGAUAUAGAAGAAGUUAUGGAAUUUGAAAAGAAAACCAUGGAAACCCCUAGAAGUCUUUCUGUACCAAAGCCACAGAAGUUAGAUUAUCCUUUUUUGCUUGAUUUGGUGAAGACCAGUUCUGUUCCUGUGGUUAUAUGUGUUGCUACUCUCACUGGCCUCUCUCCUAAAAGAAAAGCUGAUUUAUUUCAAGAUUUUAUAAAGAUGGCUGUUCGUUUUAAAAAUUGUGAAUCAGAAACAGCAAAGCGAUAUCAUGCCAGCUUGCAGGAAAGGUGUUCAAAGGAAGGCCUGUCUUCUUUUAAUUUCAAUAUUUUGGGCAAGUCUCCUUUCAAUGACCUAAUGUGGUUGUUGGGCACCAAGCGUUCAAGUAUCAGCCUCUGUUUUCUCUGUUGCCUCCUUCAAGCUCUUAAGCUGAGAGAUAUUCCAAUGGAAUUAUUGGAUAUCGCUGAAAAUGAAGCAGAUGUGAAUAAAGAGGAUCUGAAGAAGAACAAGCAUGGGGAGUGGCUCUUUUAUGAAGUAACGAAGAGGCUAAAAGCUCUUAAGAAACAACAGGAAAAAUUGGAUCUCCUUACACCAGGUGUGACGUUCCUCACUGUCUUCAAUAUUGGCCCCAGCAAAGCAGCACAUAAUUUCCUCCCGUUUCUUGGCCAGCAUUGCAAAAGGUUACUUCCCUUAUUCUUUGCUUCAACAGCAGAUUGUACCGAAUUGUGUAAGCCAUUGAAGCCUGAGGCUUAUGAUGAGUAUAAAUCGUCCGUCAAUCAUUUGCUUAAUGCCUACGUGCCAAGACGGAAAAGUGAUAUCAGCAAAUUGGCCACUUCAUGUGGUGCUGGUAUAGAUUCCAGUGAAGUUGAAGCAUUCCUAACCACCUUCACAAGCUUUGCCAGUCUCCUCUACAUCCCCUCCUACACUGAUAUUGUCCUGCUCGAUAUUGAGAGAUUCACUGAUUGCCUCGACAAGGUCUUUGACUGUGGCCAUUCUCCGCUUGAUAAAGCAAAUUCGUUUGGAUUCAUUACUGAAGGAGCCAUUGAUAAGUUAGCAAAGGAUGAGGAGUUAGACCCCAAAAUGUUUAAGACCCUCUUGAAGUCUUUUCGUUUGGCUGUUUCAGUUCGCACAUCAAAGGUGAAGAGCAAUAAUAUUUUCUUUAUUGAAGCAGAUCGUUCGUUCUACAUUCCCAGCAUGCGUCCUACAAAAGCAACCAAUGGCCCUAAGUUCCAUUCUCUCUACCUCCAAUACAUAUCAUGUGUACCUGGUAAUAUUCAAGUUCUUUUGGAUAAAGAGAAACACGUUGAUGUUACCAUAAUCGACCAUAAAGAUAUCGUAGAAUUGAGAUUGGAACCUCGUCAUUCUACUGAAGCAUACAAAACAGCUUUCCCAUUGGUAGUUAAAGCAUGCACUGCUGCCAUGGAAGAUGUCAAGGAAUCGGUCAAUGAUUUAACGUAUCACUUUUUGUUGCGCUGUAAGGAGAGUUAUGAUCACCAGUUCAUUUAUCACAGAAUGGAAAAUGACAAGGACACUUCAUGCAAAAAAUGCAGUAAAGUUGAGCCCAGUGAUUCUUAUCCUGUUUCCUUACGGGAACAUUGGAAAUCAUCUGUUUCUAAAAUGCUUAUUGAAAGUGAUGGAAAAGAAUUAGAGACAACGAAAGAUCCCUUGGAGCUGGCUAGUCUUGCAGUGAAGCUAUCUCAAGAGUUUGUAGAUGAGAGUCAGUUGAGUUUGUUGAGACGGUUAAAAGUAGAACGAGAAGUGUGGGAUGAUAUCAAAGUCAAGACUGGUGGUGGGUGGAUGGCAUUUGCAGUGUUGCUUGAUCAGAGCUUCUUGAAGAAUUAUCUAAUUACUAUUAGUGGGCGUAUUUGUAAAUAA